CUCUUUUUCUUUGCGGCACUUCGGUCGACGUUGCUGAAAACACUCAAGAUGCCACCCAAAUUUGACCCUACCGAAGUUAAAAAUGUUUACCUGCGUUGCGUAGGAGGCGAGGUUGGCGCCACUUCAUCGUUGGCUCCCAAAAUCGGUCCCCUUGGCUUGUCUCCUAAAAAAGUAGGUGACGAUAUUGCCAAAGCUACUUCCGAUUGGAAGGGUCUGAAGAUCACCGUUUGCCUGACCAUCCAAAACAGACAGGCAACCAUUUCUGUGGUCCCAUCGGCAGCCUCCCUGAUCAUCAGGGCCCUGAAGGAACCUCCACGUGACAGGAAGAAGCAGAAGAACAUCAAGCACAGUGGCAAUAUCGCGUUCGAUGAUAUUUUGGCCAUCGCACGUACAAUGAGGCCGAGGUCAAUGGCCCGUGAGCUGAAAGGUACCUGCAAGGAAGUGCUUGGCACAGCCCAGAGUGUUGGAUGCACCGUUGAUGGCAAACAUCCUCAUGAUGUUAUUGACGAACUCAACAAUGGUACCAUGGAAUGCCCUGCAGAAUAAUUAUAGAUUCUGUUGAAGAAAUAAUUAAUAAAACUGGUUUUACAAUCAGCAAUGUGAAACGUUAAA